UCAGCAGCAUUGGAAAUGGAAUGGAGUUGGAAUAUACCAACAAGUAUAUCGUAAACGGUCACCCUGAUAAAUUCGUACAAAAUUGAAUCGAUAAAAAAAUUUAUAAAUUCUUGAACCACCGCAUCGAGCUUGAGCGUCAAAUUUCAAUUAGAAACGUAAUUGCUCUUAAAAAGGAACCAGAAGAUGGUUUAUCAGCUAUACCGAUCGUCCACCGUGGGCAUCACGUUGCAGGAUACUCUCGACGAACUCGUCAAGAACGGGCAGAUGUCGCCAUUUCUGGCCUGCAAGGUGCUCCAACAGUACGACGUGAGCAUCAACAAGGUUUUCAAAGAGAAGGUGAAGACGAGCCUCACUUUCACGGGGUCACGGCUGAGUUCCUACCAAUUCUGCGACAGUGUCUGGACCCUCAGGCUGAAAGAUGUGGAAUUUCGCUCGAAAAACCACGUGAUCGUCAAAGUCGACAAGGUGAAAAUUGUUGCCUGCGAAAGCGAAGGAGGGAAAAAAAAAACAGAUAUGAAGGCUCAAUGAAGAAAACAAACAAACAAAAAAAAACCAACGUAAAUGUGGUGAAAUAAAGUAGAUUAAUAACCAAACAAA